AACUGUUUCCAGCCAGGGCUCAUAGCAGUAGAGUCACGAAGGCACAGGCUACCAGAGGGGGUGGGGAGGACCCACAAUGCGCCCUACAACAUGAAGCUGGCUGGAUGUCGGACGUGAGGGACGGUGAAAUGCAGCGUCACAAAGCAGGAAUUGACCGCGGGUUGGGGAACACGUGACCUAGAGCGGGACGUCCGGGGGAACACUGUCGCACGCGCACGGACAGGUGGAGCGUUCAGAAGGUAAAGUUACGGGAAUCGGAUGGACCCUGUGUGAUGUGGGACAUGCAGAUUUCACAGUCAUCCCUUCUACAAGUCAAAUGCUGCUGCAGAAGCAUAAAGGGCAGAGAAAGCGUGGAUUGAGCAGAACGCAUAGGCAGGACCACGCACACACUGCGGUAUUUCCGCUUCUCUGUCCCCUUCAGUCAACCGGAGAGAGGCCACAGCCGUAAAACAUGUUUGUCUUUGCCGUCCUCACUUGUUUGUUUUCCUCAAAAGGUUUUUCCUGUACUGUCCAUGAGGUGGAAGAUAAACUGGAUUGACUUCAUCCGGGGAACAAUCUUGCUUUCUCUUACUGGACCUGGCUGUGCGGGAAACUUCUUUUUGUUUGUGAGCCAUGUGUACGUUUUUGUCAUGGGUCCUAAGAAAAAGCCCACAGACCUUCUCCUCGUCCACCUGGCUUUUACCAAUACCAUGACACUUUGUGCCAGAGGCAUUUUCGAUAUGACAGCAGCUUUUCAUGUCAGUAACUUUCUAGAUAGUGCCAGUUGCAAAACCGUGUUUUAUCUGGGGAGAGUGGCCCGUGGCCUCUCAAUGUGCACCACCUGCCUCCUCAGCGUGGUCCAGGCCCUCACCAUCAGCCCCAGGACCUCCUCGUGGAGAAAGCUCAAGCCCCACACCGCGUGGCAAGUGCUCCCCUCUCUCCUCCUCUUCUGGAUCGUGAAUUCCCUGAUAAGCUCCAACUUGCUCUCCUACAUCACAGCCGCCCAGAGCACCAACGGGUCCGGGAUCACACCGUCUGGCUCCCACCCCUAUUGCCAUAUGUUGCCCUCCGGGCUGACCGUCAGGUGGCUCUUCCUGACUCUCAUGGCGCUGCGGGACAUCAUCUCCCAGAGCCUCAUGGGCUGGAGCAGCGGGUACAUGGCUUUCCGUCUGUGCCAGCAUCGCCAGAGUGUGCUCCACCUGCGGAGCUCCAGAUCCCAGAGAAAUUCCAGCCCAGAGACGAGAGCUACGCGGAGUGCCCUCCUCCUCAUGGCCUGUUUCCUUCUCUUUUAUUGGGCGGACUUCAUUUUCUCCUUCUGCAUCGGCUCCUUCCUGACCAAUGACCACACGGUGUUAAAUAUGAAACUAUUUCUAACGCUCGGUUACGCCAGUCUCAGCCCCUUUGUGCUGAUCAGCAGGGCCUCCCACCAGCCUCCCCGCCGGAGUGCCCGCCGAGAUGUGGGGAAACCUGCUUUCUAUACUGAUUCUGUUAGUAGCUACAGGUAGAUGAUGUAGUGAAAUUUUUUGCAUGGCAAAAAUUCUGUGCAGCCUGAACUAGAAGCGUAUCAUAAAAAUAGUGUGCUGGCCUGGGUUUUCCGAGAAGCAAACACCAAGACCAAAUUAAAUAUCCAGGGAAGUUGCCAGGGCAAACAGACUGUGAGAGAAACUGUGGAGGGAGCCCGGGAGGCCCAAGAGCCAUCCAAUCAAGAUGCAAGUAUGAUUCUGAGUGAAGGACAGAGGAGAAAAGAUUGGAUGGAAACAUCCUAGGCCAACUUCCAGCCUACAUAGAGUUAAACGAGGGAGUUAUUUGGCCAUCAGCAAAAUCCCAGGAAUACCUCCAAACUCAUUUGAAGGGACCAGCACAACUUUGAUACAAAAAUCUGAGAAAGGACAUUGCAAGGUAACAAAAUCAUAGGUUAACAUUGCUUAUGAAUAUAAAUGCAGCAAUUGUAAACAAAAUAUUGGCAAACAGAACCCAACAAUACAUAAAAAGGGUAAUAUAUUAUGCUCCGGUGUAAUUUAUUCCCGAGAUACAAGAAGGGAUUAAUAUUCAAUAAACCGAGGAAAAUAAUGAAUCUCAUAAAGACAUCAAAGGACAAAGAAAGCAUGCAUUCGUUUUAGUAGAGCCAUAAACACACUUGACAAAAAUCAACACCCAGUUAUGAAAAAUAUAAAUAAAACUUCUCAGGGAAAUUAUAAAGGAAAGUAAGUUUCUUAAAUUGAUAGAGAUUAGCUACAGGAAAACCACAGUUAACGUCAUAUUCAAUAUGGAAAUUUUAAAUGCUUAUCUCCAACGUUGGGAAUGAGGCAGAUAUUUAUUAUCAUCAUUUCUCCUCAGCAUUGUUCUGGAGACUCUAGACCCUAUGAGAAGGUAAAAAAAACAAAACAAAACAAAAAAACGAGGAGAAGAGAAAAGAAAAUGGAAUGAAAUAAGUAAAAUUUUUUUUACUCACCAUUAAUAAAAUUGUGUGUGUAGGAAACAGGGAAGAAUGAAAAAGUGGAACUAGCAAGUUCAAUAAAUUGAAGAUCAAUAGAAAAAGAAUUGCCUUCUACCUAUUAGCAAUUCAUAAUUGAAAAUUUUACUAAAAAUUUAAACAUCAAAUAUAUAAGAGAAAACAAGCAAAUCACUUAUGCUAUUUCUCCACUGAAAACUAUGAAACAUUGAUACAUUAAAGCUACAUAAAUAAAUAAGAAUCCUACGUUCGUGGAAAGUAAAACUCA